AGGGCGCCCGUCGCCGCCGGCAGCGGCCUCCGAGGCGCGGAGUGAGGCGGCCCGCGGAAAGGCCCCGGCGAGCGCCCCUCUCGCCAACCCCGCCACCCCCGGCCUCCUUCAGCGCCCCGGCGGCGCUCGCCCGCCCGCCCGGCUGGCCCCGUCAGGCGCCUUUUCCCUGCGCUGCGGCGGGCGGAGGCGGAGGAAGGACAGGCCCAUGGAAGGGAACCGCGACGAGGCGGAGAAAUGCAUCGAGAUCGCCCGCGAGGCCCUGGAGGCCGGCAACCGGGAGCGGGCGCUGCGCUUCCUCAACAAGGCCCAGAAGCUCUACCCGACCGAGACCGCCAAAGUGUUACUGGAAGCAAUUUCAAAGAACGGGAGUGCUGCCGGGAGUGGUGCUUACUAUCGAAAACCAGCAAGUGGAAGUGAUAAGAACAAACCCAAUAGCAUGAAGGACAGUAGUACAUCUGCUGCAGGGGAAAGUGGGAAGACCUACACCAAAGAUCAAGUGGAAGGAGUGCAAAGCAUAAAAAAGUGUAAAAAUUACUAUGAAGUCCUUGGAGUGUCCAAAGAUGCAGGUGACGAAGACUUGAAGAAAGCUUAUCGAAAGCUUGCUCUGAAGUUUCAUCCGGACAAAAAUCAUGCACCAGGAGCAACAGAAGCUUUUAAAAAGAUCGGAAAUGCAUAUGCUGUGUUAAGCAAUCCAGAAAAACGAAAGCAAUAUGACCUCACAGGCAGUGAAGAGCCAUGCAGCCAUCCUGGCAACGGUAGAUUUAACUUCCACAGGGGAUGUGAAGCAGAUAUUACUCCAGAGGACCUUUUUAACAUGUUCUUCGGUGGGGCAUUUCCAACAGGCAGUGUGCAUUCAUUUUCUAAUGGAAGGUCUGGCUACAGUCACCAUAAUCAACAUCGUCAUAGUGGGCAUGAAAGAGAAGAGGAGAGGGGUGAUGGCGGCUUCUCUAUGUUCAUCCAGCUGAUGCCAAUUAUUGUGCUGAUCCUUGUCUCUUUGCUGAGCCAGUUGAUGGUGUCUAAUCCUCCAUACUCCUUAUAUCCAAGAUCGGGUUCAGGACAGACCAUUCAGAUGCAGACACAAAACUUGGGUGUUGCUUAUUAUGUCAACAAGGACUUUAAAAAUGAAUAUAAAGGUGCAAAUUUGCAGAAGGUGGAAAAGAGUGUGGAAGAGGACUAUGUGUCCAACAUUCGAAAUAACUGUUGGAAAGAGAGGCAACAAAAAACAGAUUUACUGUAUGCAGCAAAAGUGUACAGAGACGAACGUCUUCGAAGGAAAGCAGAAGCCAUCUCCAUGGAUAACUGCAGAGAGUUAGAACGGUUGACCAGUAUCUAUCGGGGAGAAUGAGCUAAAUCCUGAAAUGUACUGCCUGUACAUGCUCUCUCUCUCUCUAUGUAUAAAAAGAAAAAUCUGUAAACUGAGAAAAUACUAUUCCGUCAUGAAAAGGAAGAGGGAUGUAAAACUGCUGUCUAGCUGUUUCCAAAAACCUUAUCCUGAAGUACCAAUAUAAUUUAAUAGCCUCUUAGUCUGAAAUAUAUGACAAGGUCAUAUAUUUACAUCAUUGAAUUGUCAUUUAAGUUUUACUCCCAGAGCUUCUGUGAUUUCUUUUUCUACAAGAAGCAGCUCCAAUGUGCUGCUACGCUUGUGGAGAUGUAGACAUAGUGGUUCUUCUUCUGAAAUACUUGCCAUGUAAAUAUGUGUGGAAAAAGAAGACUUGUGUAUAUAAAAAUGUUUAAAGAAAUCUCAAAGGCAUUUUGAUGCAUUAAACCCUUUAAUCUCAUGGAUGGAACAAAUAGUAUGACUACAUCAUUCCUUAUUCAGAUGUCAAGUGUGUGGAAUUGAAAGAAAAUAGGAACAAUUUUCUCUCUGCAUAAAAUCUACUAGGUUGAAGGAGUAUUUUUUAAAAAGUAAUUGGCCAUGUGGAUUUCUUAUGAGAUGAUUGGAUAAGACUGGCUGAUACCAGAGUUUCAGCAUUCAUGCUGUAGUUUUAAUACUGUAUAUCUAAGCAGUGACAAACCAGACAUCUGUACCAGACUGUUUCUUGCUAAGUGGCACAUUGGCACCAAAAAAGAGAAGUACACAGAUACUUUUGGUACUUAAUCACAUUCUGUUUUGGUGUUCAGAAAAGAACAAGGUAUAUUUAAGCAAGUGCUGCUGUACAACCCACCUCUCCAUAUUUUUUAAUUUAGCAUGACUUAGGGUCACGUGCAAAUCCUUUAGAAAUGGAAGGUGUUAAAUCCACUUGCUAAAUACACAAGCAUGCUAAAUAUACAUUCAUAGGCUGCUUCUCUUUCACUAAAAAGCAGAGAAAAUAAUGGAGUAGCAAUUUUUUUAACAGUUGGGGAAUUUGGCAGUUGCGUUCAUUUACAACUCUGUUUUCUGUAUAGGUAUCAACAGUUGAUCAAGCCACUUCUAGGGCAUUAUCCAAUGUCACACCAGUGGAUAUAAUGGGAUUUUCCUUUCUUCUCCUCCCCGAUGUGCCCCCAUAAUUGACUCAGAAUAUUCCCACCUCUGGAGCAGAUUUUGCGGAUGUGCAGGGGAGAGAAAAGGAAUAAGUCCCCUUGCACAAGCAGAAGUCCACCGUGCAAGGAUAACACUGUUGUAUGUCACCUCUAAAGUUCAGCCUUGUGCCUUUGAACCCUUUGCUGAUUCUUUUACAGUUAGCUUGUCUAUGAAUUGCUGCUUUAAGCUGUGGUUUUGCUUGUUGACAAGAGCUAAGAAGCCACAGUGCAACAGUUUCUGUCCAGAUGUGUACAGGGUAGAUUUUUGUACAGAGGAGCAUUGAGAUCACUGAUGAAAGAAAAGUGCUAUAGUUCUCAGUGAUCACAUGCUUUAAAAAGGAUAUAGUCACUUUUGCUGGUGCAAAUUUAAUAUGCGGUUUUGGAGAAACUUUAAACAGGAGUCUUGGUGCCUGAGUUCCGACUUUAGCAAACCUUUGUAAGCUAUUUUGCGUCUAAUACUGCAUAUAAAAAUAUUUAUGUUC